AUGAAGAGGUUAAAGUGUAGUAGUUCCAAAAAUCAACGGGUGCCACCCCCGGAUUUCACAGAAACCACUGUUUCUAGGGGUCUAGAGUGGGAAUGCGGGUUGAAUCCUAUGAAAUUUAUGGGGAUUUUUGUGGUUUGUUUGAUGGGGUUGUCUGUAUUGUUUUCAUUAUCUGUAAUUCUUAAGAACCCACCUUCUGAUUCAUUCUGGACUGUUGCUGAAGCCAGGCCCCUUGAUGUUUUACCUCAAGAAGCAACAAAUCAAGAAGAUGAUCUUUCCCAGGCUGUUGAGGUGCCGGAGGAUAAACUUCUUGGUGGCCUUCUCCCUACGGGAUUUGACAGAGAAUCUUGUCUUAGUAGGUUUGAGUCACUCUCGUAUCGCAGAGAACUACCCCAAAAGCCUUCGCCCUACCUCAUAUCCAGGUUACGAAGGUACGAAGCUCUUCACAAACGCUGCGGACCCUACACAGAACUGUACAAUAAAACCUUAACACAUCUCAAGUCUGGCCAAUACACAAGCUCCUCUGAUUGUAACUACAUAGUUUGGAUAUCCUUCAGCGGUUUAGGGAACAGGAUAUUGACCUUAGCCUCGGCUUUCCUUUAUGCUCUUCUCACGGAUCGGGUCCUACUUGUUGAUCGUGGAGUUGACAUGCCCGACCUCUUCUGUGAACCAUUUCCAGAGGUUUCCUGGUUACUUCCCCUGGAUUUUCCCGUUACACACCAAUUCAAUAGCUUCAAUCAGAAAUCUGCAGAGAGUUAUGGGAAUAUGCUGAAGAAAAAUUUGUUAGGUAAUUUAAGUCAGUCGGCACUACCACCAUAUGUUUAUCUCCAUUUGAUUCACAACUAUGAUGAUCAUGAUAAGCUUUUCUUCUGUGACCAAGAUCAAACUCUUCUGCAGAACAUACCUUGGUUGAUAAUGAAGACUGACAAUUAUUUUGUACCCUCUCUCUUCUUGAUCCCAUCUUUUGAGCAAGAAUUGAGUGACCUGUUCCCGGCAAAGGCAACUGUUUUCCACUUCUUGGGCAGGUACUUAUUCCAUCCGACAAAUUCCAUCUGGGGACUUAUCAGUAGAUACUAUCAAGCUUAUUUAGCUAGAGCAGACGAAAAGCUAGGCAUCCAAAUACGGGUUUUCGAUACAGGAACUGGCCCUUUUCAACACGUGUUAGAGCAGAUUCUAACAUGUACCACAAAAGAGAAUUUGCUACCAGAGAUUAACCGAAAGGAGCCAAUUGUCACUCCAUCAGGAAAGCAUAAGACAAAAGCCGUGCUAUUGACAUCUUUAAGUUCUGGCUACUCAGAGGAAAUAAGAAAUAUGUAUUGGGAAUAUCCUACUGUAACAGGAGAGGUAAUUUCUGUUUACCAGCCGAGUCAUGAAGAGUAUCAACAAACGGAGAAACAAACGCACAACAGAAAGGCUUGGGCAGAGAUGUACUUGCUUAGCUUGAUGGAUAAAUUGAUAACAAGCUCUUGGUCUACUUUUGGUUAUGUGGCUCAGGGUCUUGCAGGUCUGAAGCCAUGGAUACUUUACAAGCCUGAAAAUCGAACAGCCCCUGAUCCACCCUGUCGACAAGCCAUGUCAAUGGAACCAUGCUUCCAUGCUCCUCCUUUCUACGAUUGCAAGAAGAGAGCAGGAGUUGAUACUGGACUUCUUGUUCCGCAUGUAAGGCAUUGCGAGGACAUGAGUUGGGGCCUGAAGCUGGUUGAACGCGAUAGUGAAUUGUAA